AUGUCAAAUUGGAUGCGCAUUGGAGAAUCUUUAGAACCAAUGUAUGAAGCAGCCAAAUUAUUACCAUCAUCUUCAUAUCCAACAAUGGGUGAUGUAAGAUUAGCCUUUAUUGGAAAACAUAGUGACCACAAAUAUUCAAAUUCUGCUCGUAAUUACUUUUACAACAUUGUACGUCGAAAUAUAGCUACUUCAACUAUACAAUCUGAAGAUAGGGAAUUAGAUAAAUACUUGAGAACUCCAGUUGAACCAGAUGUAGAACCUUUAAUAUGCUUGCGAGCUCAUGAAACAGAUGAUUAUUUGGUAAUACAAUCAACUGGUGUUCCAGCAGGAGAAACUUUUUCCAUUGCAGGUUUAAUCACUGGUAAAUUACGAAAUAAAUCACUAUCUGAUACUGCUUGUGCAACUGUUUGCUUAAAAAGUUGGAUUUCAGAAGAAAUGGGCAUUAAUAGAGACAAUGAAUGA